ACCAUCUGUCCAUGUGUCUCUCUCUUUUACCUACAAAACACAUGGUGACUAAUCUUCUGAGGUCCACCUUUCAAAUCUCAAGAACUUCGAACCAUAAUUUGUCUCUACACACAAAUUCUUCUUUAUUAGUCUUCUUCUUUGACUGAUUAGAUUCACACCUUUCUGCUCCAUCAACCAAGCUUCUUCAAGGUGAUUCUUUUCUCAUGUGAAGAGGACUAUUGUUUAAGGAGGAUUAUUAACGUUUGACAAGAGAAUUGGGUGUUGAAUAAUUGUGGGAUUCUAACCAUGGCUAUGGCUCCUACUAUCAAAGUGGUUCUAGGCUCGAUUGCGUUUGGUGUAUUUUGGGUUUUGGCUGUUUUUCCUGCUGUCCCUUUCAUGCCCAUUGGAAGAACAGCAGGGUCACUACUUGGUGCCAUGCUCAUGGUUCUUUUUCAAGUCUUAACACCUGAUCAAGCGUAUGAAUCUAUCGAUCUUCCAAUUCUUGGUCUUCUGUUUGGGACAAUGGUUGUAAGUGUUUAUCUUGAAAGAGCUGAUAUGUUCAAAUACUUAGGUAAGUUGCUAUCAUGGAAAAGCAAAGGACCUAAAGAUUUGCUUUGUCGAAUCUGCUUAAUUUCCGCAAUUUCGAGUGCUUUUUUCACCAACGACACGUCAUGUGUUGUGUUAACUGAGUUUGUACUCAAAAUUGCUAGACAACAAAACCUCCCACCCCAUCCUUUCCUAUUAGCACUUGCUUCAAGUGCAAAUAUUGGAUCGGCUGCUACACCGAUUGGUAACCCUCAAAAUUUGGUUAUAGCAGUUCAAAGCAAGAUACCAUUUGGGAAAUUCUUGUUUGGGAUUGUGGCAGCAAUGCUGGUGGGCAUUUGUGUAAAUGCUUUGAUUCUUUUAUGCAUGUUUUGGAAGGUGUUAUCUGUUCAGAAGGAUGAAGAAGAACCUCCAAUGGAGGUAACCCCCGAAGAAGAUGUUAAUUCGCAUAGGUUUUCGCCGGCUACAAUGUCACAUCUUACUUCAGAAAAUUCUCAUGAUCUUAAUGCUUAUCAUGAAGCCAUGAAUAGUCACAGCCUUCCAAGUGUUAGUGGACACAUAGAUGCUAAUACUCUUAGGAACCGCGUACUUGGUUCCGGUGACAAUGAAAUUUUAAAAGAUGUAAAUGGCACGAAAGAUGUUUUGGAAAACGGAUCAUUGCAGAAGAAUGAUGAAAAAGUUGGUUCAAAGACUCCAUCCAUGAACGGGUUCGCGAAAGAGAGUUCUGAUUUGGGUUUGGAGGAUAUUGAUGAGAAGUCUGCUAAAUGGAAGUUGAUAUUAUGGAAGAUAGGAGUUUAUGUUAUUACAGUAGGAAUGUUGGUUUCUUUUCUGGCAGAACUAAACAUGUCAUGGACUGCCAUUACAGCUGCAAUGGCUCUUGUGGUUCUUGAUUUCAAGGAUGCUAGACCAUGCUUAGAAAAGGUUUCUUAUUCACUAUUGGUAUUCUUUUGCGGGAUGUUUGUCACCGUUGAAGGCUUCAAUAGAACAGGAAUCCCGAGUGCAAUAUGGGACUUUAUGGAACCUUAUGCCGAAAUUGAUAAAGUUAGUGGUGUGGCGGUUCUUGCAAUUGUGAUAGUUGUUCUAUCAAAUCUGGCUUCGAAUGUGCCAACAGUAUUGUUGCUUGGAUCAAGGGUGGCAGCAGCGGCUGCUACUAUAUCACCAGAAAAAGAGAGAAAAGCAUGGCUGAUAUUGGCCUGGGUGAGCACUGUAGCCGGGAAUCUGUCACUACUCGGGUCAGCCGCUAACCUGAUCGUGUGUGAACAAGCUCGCAGGGCUCAACACUGUGGCUACAAUCUUACGUUUUGGGCUCAUCUUAAGUUUGGUGUUCCUUCUACUAUUAUAGUUACAGCUAUUGGCUUGACACUUAUUAGGGCAUAAAUAUAAUUAAGAUCAAGAUUUUCAGCAUUUCCGGUCACUUCUCUGUAAAGAGAUUUUCAAGAAGGAUCACUAGAAUUGUGUUAUAUGUAUUUGGUUUUAAAGUAUGUGUAAGAUUGAAUCAGUUAAGAAAUUUAUGAAGUUCGUAAUUUGGACCAAA